UCUUGGUCUUCCUGCACCGUCAUCGUUUUCUCUUUCCUUUAGCUCAUUUUCGCUUUGCUUCACCAUAGCCCAUUCUCGCCCCCUUCUCAACGGUGUUCUCAUCCUGCUCGUGCGAACCUAGCGCUCGUGCUUGCUGGAUUGCUGUCGUUGAUCUCAUCCCGUUCACCAGUCUGCUCCAGGAAGUCUGCUUGGAAAAGUGACCGAUUCACACAUGGCCACUGGAGAGAUCGUUUUGGGUUCCUUCUUGGCUGCCUUCUUUCAGGUCCUGUUCGACAAGUUGACUUCUCUCGCAUUGGGCUACGCACAGCGGGAAGGAAUCAGCACCGCCCUCCUCGAGGAGUGGAAGGAGAUGCUGGUCACAAUCAAUGCAGUGCUGGCUGAUGCAGAGGACAGGCAACUCAGCGAUAACCCUCUAGUGAAGCUGUGGCUAGAUGAUGUCAGGGACUUGGCCUAUGACAUGGAAGACUUGCUCGAUGAGUACGAGAUUGAAGCUGUUCAGGCCAAGUCGGAAGCAGAAUCCAGCACAAGCAGAGGUCAAGUUAAGAGAAAGUUCUCUUUCUUUGGCAGACCGCGCUCGCUCGUGUCUGAAACCAAGGUACAAGGGAUCAAUGGCAGGUUGAAAACGAUUGUCACAAGCAAAGCUAGUCUAAGCUUGAGAGAGAAUGUUGCGGACAGAUCCAACUACACCAACAAAAGGGAUCCCACCACUUCUUUGCCAGAGCCUCAGUUUUUCGGCAGGGAGAAGGAAGAAGCACAGAUGCUCGAACGACUAAUCAGUGAGGUCGAAAAUUCCAAUACCUCGUUGAGCAUAGUCCCCAUAGUUGGGAUGGGCGGUGUUGGAAAGACGGCCUUGGCUCAGCAGCUCUAUAAUGAUGCCAGAGUAUAUAGCUGUUUUGAGACAAGAGCAUGGGUUUGCGUGUCAGAUGUUUUUGAUGUUCUUGACAUAACAAAGACUAUUUUGCAGUCCAUCACCGGCUCGUCCUGCGCGGGUGGAGAUCUUAACAGCCUUCAAGUUAAGUUGAAGGACAAUCUAUCUGGGAAGAAGUUUCUUGUGGUUCUAGAUGAUAUCUGGAAUGAGAAGUACGAAAAAUGGACUGACCUCUUAAAGCCAUUUGAAGUUGGGGCCAGGGGAAGCAAGAUCGUCAUCACCACUCGCAACCUUGCCGUUGUUUCCAUAACAGGAGCAUCGCCAUAUACUUUGAAGGAAUUGUCCCUUGACGAUUGUACAAGCUUAUUAGCCUUUCAUGCUCUUGGAGCAAAAAAUUUUGAGAGCCACCCAGAUUUUGAAACAAUAGGCAAGAAGAUAGCUGAAAGAUGUAAAGGUUUACCUUUGGCUGCGAAGAUGUUGGGCGGUGUCCUACGUAAUAAAAGGAAUCCCGAUGAAUGGGAAGAUACCUUAAAUAACAGAAUAUGGGAUCUUCCGACGGCGGAGAAUGAUGAGGUUCUCCCUAUUUUGAAAUUGAGCUAUGUCCAUCUUCCUUGGUGUUUGAAGAGAUGUUUUGCUUACUGUGCAAUAUUCCCCAAGGACUACCAAAUUGAGAGGGAUGAGCUAUUUCUCGACGUUAGAGAUACAAGGAAUCUAAAAGAGAUGCCAUUGGGUAUCAGCAAUUUGAAGAAUCUUACUAUCUUGUCUAAGUUUGUGGUGGGAACGGAGAAAGGGUCGCAGUUAAAGGAGUUGAAGAACUUGCCACAUCUUCAAGGAGAAUUAAUUAUAUCAGAAUUGCAAAAUGUGGAAAAAGUUACAAACGCAGCGGAUGCUAACUUGUUUGGAAAGCUAGGUCUUACCAACUUAUCCUUGCAAUGGAAAGAACAUUUGGGAAAUCUCCAGAAUCACGAGUGUGAAGCACAGGUGCUUGACUCUCUGCGACCUCACACUAAUUUGGAAAAUCUCACUAUCUCACACUAUGGUGGUGCAAGUUUUGCCUCAUGGUUAGGUGGUUCGUCCUAUUCUAAGAUAACGUCUUUGUGCUUGCGGGGCUGUCCUAAUGUCACAUCGCUGCUCUCCCUUGGACAACUACCCUCACUUAAGGAAUUAUCUCUCGAAGGUCUACAUGCAAUAAGGAAGAUAGGCUUUGAAUUUUACGGAGGUAAAAGGCCUUUCUCAUCCUUAAAGAUUUUGAAGUUUGAAGAGAUGUUGGCAUGGAAGGAAUGGUCUCAUUAUGUCAAGGACCCUGUGGUUUGUCUUCCAUCUCUCCGCGAGUUAUACCUUGAGGAUUGUAGCAAGGAGAUCUUAAAGAGCUUGGUCAACCUAACUUCUUUGACCGCUCUCAAAAUUGAAAAUCUUACCGAGCUUGUUUGCUUCGAUCCUGGGUUUAUGAGGUGCUUGGUCAAGCUAAAGGAGCUUCAUAUAGGAGGGUGUGACAAGCUAAACUACUUGUGGCAGGAUGGAAAUGAAACGCUAAAUCUCAUUUGCCUUGAAAGAGUUAUCAUCAAAAGGUGUCCUCAGUUCACAUCAUUCGUGGUGGGGGAAGGAGAGAUAGAGCUUCCGUGCAACAUCGAAAGGAUGGAAUUGAGGGAUUGUGCGAGUUUAGAAAAGCUUCCAAGCAAGGUGCACGCAAUCAGAGAUUUGCGGAUUGAGAAUUGUCCAAAAGUAGUGGGACUAACCAUUCCUCCGGAUGGUCCCAGCAGUAAUAACCCGAUGCCUCACCUUGAAUAUCUUGAGAUAAAUGGAUGUGAUUCGCCGACAUCGUUUUCCUUUGCCGAGGGUACCCUCGCUGCUCCGAAGACACUUUAUAUUAGGAAGUGCAAGGGAGUGGAGUCGCUGCCGGAAGAGGUCACUACAGUGGCGGAAUCGUUGGAAUCUUUGACUAUUAUGAGAUGUGAGAAUCUGGGAAGCCUACCACGGUGCCUUCACACGCUCUCCCAUCUCACUAGUUUGGUAAUACGGGGGUGUCCAGCAUUAGAGAUAGAGGAGGAUUUUCCUCCCCUUCCCAUCACCCUCUCGACUCUUGAACUUAUUAAUUGUGCGAAGAUAAAAUCUAUUGCCAGCUGUAACAUUGCCAGCUGUAAGAAUCUCACUAGGUUGGAAAUAAGGGAGUGUCCAGCAUUGGAGAUAGAGGAGGACUUCCUUCCCCUUCCCAUCACCCUCUCAUCUUUAUGGCUAGCUGAUUGUCCGAAGAUAAAGUGUCUACCAAAUCAGUGGCAUUAUCUUACCUCCCUCCACACGCUAUGGAUUUUCAAUUGCCCAAAUAUCGAAUGCUUCCCCAAAGGAGGUUUCCCUCCUAAUUUGCAGAACCUUGAAAUUAGAGGGUGCGAGAAUGUGAAGCGGGCAGUGAGAGAAUGGGGCUUACCCCUCCUCACCUCCCUCCAGUCUCUGUCAAUUGACUUUGGAAGGAGCAUGGGUGGAGGGGAGGGAGACAAUGUGUGCUUUCCUUCUUCGAAGGAGGAGGAGGACGCGUGGAGUCUUCUCUUCCCUUCCUCUCUAAAUGUCCUUCACUUGAGAAAUAUGAGGAAGGUGGAAAGACUAUCAAGCGGUCUUCGCAACCAUCUCUCCUCUCUCACACAUUUACGGAUUUCCGAUUGCCCAAAGUUGAGGUACUUGCCAGAGGAUGGCCUCCCUCCCUCCCUCCAACAUCUGUGGAUAAGAGGAUCGAAGAAUCUGGAAGAAGGAUGCUCAAAACCCCCUGGCCACUAUUGGCCCCUCAUCCAACACAUCCCUGAGAUAUACAUCGAUGCCGAUCGGAUCCAAUGA